CCAGACCCUUUCUUUCUCUACCCCAUAACCUCAAUCGGGUCAAAAUGCCAAUCCAAGACCCCUUCCAGCUCCCAAAGUCCGCACAGGAUCUACCCCUCGCAAACGACACAGAUGAUACGUACUUCCUCUUCUUCAUCUCGUCAAUAAGUCCCGAGACCAAGCAGCCAUGGUGUCCAGAUGUCAGGGCCGCGCUACCAGUUGUUGGCGCAGCGUUCUCCUUCGAGAAUGCGCCUGAGGUCGGAUUUGUACAUGUGGGGCAGAAGCCUGAGUGGAAAGAUGUGUCGAAUUUGCAUCGAACUAAAUGGAAUGUGAAUGCUGUGCCGACGCUGGUGAGGUAUCAGCGCGCUGGUGCUGAGGUGAAGGAGACGGGUCGCUUGGUGGAGGACGAGUUGCUGGAUCAGGAAAAGUUGAAAGAGCUAGUGGAUGGAAAACGGAAGUCUGUCAUUUGAUUGAGACUCAUCGCACCAUAAUGACGCCCUGUUUCCUCAACACGCCUUUCGUGUAGGUGGCUGCUCUCAACGUGGACACGAGCUGGGGUUUCUUUCUAGCGUACAUCUACCACGACACCCGCGCCCUGAUAAAUUCAGGCGUGGUUCAUAACUUCAUACCCAAAUUCAAUAAUAGAGUACAUUUUAAGCAUAG